AGAAGAAAUUGUAGUUAAAGAAGAGGAAGUAUCACAAGUAAUUUCAGUACCGUUGGGUGCAGACGUAUUAACAGCAGUUGAAAUGUACGAAGAUGUCGAGACUUCUGUUGUUUUACACGAUUUUGUUGAAGGUCUGGAAGAAGGGCAAUAUAUUGCUUAUAUCGAUGGUGAUGAAUAUGUUGAAUCUUCGGUUGAAGUAAUGGAUCAAGAAACGGAAGAAACUGCUGAUGAUAUCGUUGAUUGUAAACCUUAUAUGUGUGCAGAGUGUGGCAAAAUUUUCACAAAUAUUAUUUUGUUUAGGAGUCAUUUAAGUACGCAUCAGAAUAAAGGUCACUUAUGUAGCUAUUGUGAUGCGACUUAUAAGCGGAUAGAUCAUUUGCAGAAACAUAUAGAACUCAUGCAUCCUGACUCCAAUGUUAUAUUUGAAGCAAAGGAGAAGAAAGUAAAUCCUUACGCCAAAACUUUUCUUUGCAAUGUUUGUGGUAAAAUCUUGAAAAGCAGCAUCGCUUAUGAAAACCACACGUUAAGGCAUCAAAGUAAGUGUCCUUUUCCCUGCGAUCUCUGCUCGGAAACCUUCCCUAAUCGAGGGGCCCGAAGAAAACAUGAAGUCAAGGUGCACAAUAUUCUGACAAAGGAAAAUGGGAAUACUGAUGGAUACCAUAUUUGUGAAAUUUGCGGUUUAGAAAUGUUUUCAGACGGAGCGUACUACCAUCAUAAAGAUAAGCACGGAGACCCGUAUCCGUGUCCGCAUUGUGGAAAAUUGUAUGGUAGUAGGAGUCUAAUGCAAGUUCACGCUCGAAGACACACCGAUGAAAGACCCUAUGUAUGUUCACAGUGCAACAGAAAUUUCAAGAUGAAACAAGAACUUAGUGCUCACAUGAACAUCCACAAGGAUGUGCGGCCGUACCCUUGUCCUCACUGCCCCAAGAUGUGCAGGAAGAGUUCGGACUUGACCCAUCAUAUCAGAACACACACCGGAGAGAAACCUUACGUUUGUGAUAAAUGUGGCAGAGGUUUUGCUCAGGCCGGGGACAUGAGGAAACAUAGACAGUUACACUUCAGGCCUUCAAAAAUAAAUAAAAAGGCCACUUCUAGUAGUUAAUAUUAACUGAUAUGUUGUAUCUUUGAAUUUCUUGAUCAAUGUUGUAUUAAAACAUUAUUUUAUUACAUUA